GAGGUGAGCUGUUUCCUGUGUGCUGUAGUAAGUGUGAAAGGCAGAGGCUGGAGAGUGGAGAGGAAGCGGCGCUGUCAGCUGCAGCAGGGAGGCACGUACCCCGGCCAUGGCAGUGUAAAGGACUCUGCUCACACAUAGGUCAAUGUAUAUAGACGGAGAGGCAGCAGGGGGCACGCCGUUAUCCAGGACACCAUGGAGGAGGUGGACCGGAUCCUCAUUCACACUCUGCGGACUUGCGGCACAGAAAUCCCAGAUGAAGUGCAGAGUGUGCGCCAGUUCAACACCGAGCUCAUCGUGGAAGCCGUGGUGAGAUGUCUACGCGUGAUAAACCCGUCCGUGGGCUCAAACCUCAGUCAUGUCCUUCCCCCUGGGAUGUCAGCCCGCUUCCGUAUUGGCACCAGCCUGGCGCAGGCUUGUCAGGACCUGGGAUAUACUGGAGAAGUUGGUUACCAGACAUUCCUAUACAGCAGUGAGCCGGAUAUUCGAGCACUUUUGAUUUUCCUGGCCGAGAAACUUCCAAGACACUCCCAUGAAGAUGCUCAUCAACCAGCAGGGAAAUCUGCGGUGCUACAACGGGAUAUUGCGACCAAGAUAAAGCAGCAGCUCUCACUUCCCUGGCUGCCACCCUCUUGCCGGACAGCAACUGCAAAACGAUCCCAGAGUUUGUGUCGUUUGCAUCGUUUUCAUGCGCAGCCUCUGUCUCUUGCUGGAGAUUCUUCCUCCAAAUCCAUAGCGCCUGAACGGAAGGAGUACUGGGAGAAAUACCUGCCUUUUGUUAGCACACAGCUGCCUCACGCCUACUCUUUAGCAGCCUCGCUACUUGAGAGGAACACAUCGGACCUCAGUGCCGUGCAGGAGUGGGAGGCUGAGUGGAAAAGCCAAGGACUGGCCUCUCGUUUGUCUCCUGAGGAGUAUCGCAGCAGGAAACGCCAGCGUUUGCAGAAACGGAUACAGGACCAGCUCCGCCAGUGCAGCCAGCAGCUUGCAGAGAACCACGUUCCAGGACCAUCCACACAGGAUCUUGUGGACAUGCUGAAAGCCUUCACUGUGGAAGGGGCAGUGGAUCAAAACAAAGGUUCCAGGUUCACUCAUGCGCAAAAGUUCACGCACCAACAGGACCCUCAAGUAUUGACAGAACAGAUGCAAAGAGCGGCAGAAAGUCUUCCUAAGAAGGACACACAGGAUGUACAAGCAGAAGAGGAGGAACUGUCCUCUCUGCAGCAGCAGAUACAGCAGAUAGAGCAGGAUAUCCACACCCUGGCUGAAAACGCCAAGCUUCUUCAUCUCACUAUCGCUCAGGUGGAGGAAGAGGCAGGUAAACUGCAGCAGCACUGUGAUGAGCAAGAGAGCGCGAUGAAAGUGAAGAAGAAAGCCGUAGAAUUACUGCCUGAUGCGGAGAAUAAUCUCGCCAAGUUACAGGCCAUGGUAGAUGGCAGCACCCAGCGGAUGGAGAACCUUGUGGGACAGUGGGAGUCUCAUCGUGUUCGGCUGCUGGAUGAGUACAGGGAGUUGAGGAGACUCCAGCAGGAAAAAGAGGAUGAAUCUUCACGCUGGACAAAAGACGUGAAAGACUUGUAUGACAAAAUUCGAUCUGCAGCGGACGAAGCCAGACGCAAGGAGGAACUAUACAAACAGCUGGUUUCGGAGUACGAGUCCCUGCCUAAGGAUGUCUCCCGAGCUGCCUACACCCAACGAAUCUUAGAGAUUGUAAGCAAUAUCAAGAAGCAAAAGGAAGACAUUACCAAGAUCCUUUCAGACACUAAAGAUCUUCAGAAGGAGAUAAAUAAUCUGACGGGAAAAGUUGACCGGACGUUUGUGGUGACCGAUGAGCUUGUGUUUAAGGACGCCAAGAAAGAUGAACCGGUCAGAAAGGUCUACAAAUACCUGGCGGCCUUACAUGAGAAUUGUAGUCAGCUAAUACAAACCAUCGAGGACACAGGGACCAUUCUGAGAGAGAUCCGGGAUUUAGAAGAGCAGAUCGAGACGGAGGCGGCUAAGAAGACUCUGAGUAAUCUGCAGAAGAUUUUGGAAGAUUACAAGGCCAUUAAACAAGAGAACGCCCUGCUGCUGGGUCGCAUGAGGGAGACUUAGGGAAGCUUGACGGUUAUUCACGAUCCUGCACAUUUCUCAUAAUACCGUAUUCACAUCCGUAAUGAAAAUGGACAUGGCUAAUUAAACGAUUUUUGCACAUUUUAUUGUGCUUGAAAUGCUGUUCAGAACGGAGCCUGCAGAGGGCAGUCCUGAGCAAGGUAUUGGAAGUUCCUGUUCCACCCCCCCUGGUGAAGUGUGCAGAACUUGAAGCGGCGCGUACAUGCAGAGAGAUCUAAUCCGUUCCUCUUCUUCUUUUUUUUUUCUUUUCUUGAUAAUCCUAGGUAAAACGUGAGUUUUCUUUUACGGAGGAAACCUCAUUUUGUAACAUUCAUAUCUGUAAAUGAAAACAUUUCUAUAAAGACGAAUUGAAGCUGA